AGUAAAUGAGUAACAAGUGCUCGUAGGUACAGAAAUACGGAGCACUGUAUAACUGUAGGUACAGUGUUAUGCACUGUAUCACUGUAGGUAGGGCGUCAAAAAAAUUGUCAGAUCAAAAUGUUCAAUAUAAUGGCCAAAUGUUCAAGGAACAAAUCUUAUAAGAAAGUGAAAGCGUCUAAAAUAGUACGUAAUAAACUGGCUAGCCGGUGAUCCAGGUUUUCAAUUAGGCCGGUAAGUAAAAUGUGCUAAAUAUUUACAUAUAGAAAACCUUGCCUAUAGUUACAGGAAUACCGUACCUGCAAUUCCAUAAAUUAUUACAGGAAAUAUUUUGCAAUUCCCCUUUAUAAACAGAUCUUAAGUGCAGCAAUUGAUGCCUAAACAUGCCAAAGAUCAGUAAACCAUGUUCAGUAAACUGUGAAUUGUGGUGUGAAAUCAUUGAUAUUUAAUGUCAUUAUUGCAGCAUCGGCUAAGGCAGGAAUCGUAGGGCCCGGGCGGCGCUCUGCCCCCGCUGCGCCGGGUUUCCGUCACUCCUCCCGGCAGAAAAGCAGCGCGUCCGCCCGCCGGUCGAAGGUGGCGGAGCCGCUCGGGAGUCCCGGUGCCGGGGAGACGCGUCCACCGCCUGUGUGCUGAGUGUAAGAGCUGUCAUUGAUGGCGACUGCAGAAAUUCCCCCAUGGGUGGAGAGCUGAGGAUGGAGAGAGAGCGGAACUUCGAAGGCCGCUCACCAAAAUGAACAUUUGAAUGUUGGAGUUGAUGGAGUGUGAGUGAGAGAGAGAGAGAGAGAGAGAGAGAGAGUGACUCAGGAAGACGGUGGAGUGGUGGAGGACAGGUGGGAAUCCACUUAGCACUGGGAAGCGGGGGAGGACUGACACCCGCGGGGAGGGACAGACAGGGAAAUAUAUACCGGAAGCAGGACGACAGCUGGAUGGAGCGUGAGAGGAGCAGCCACGCGCACUGCAGGCUGUUGCGGUCAUGGUGACAUAGUGUCCAUGGCUGCCCACCAGCAGAACUCGGUACCGCUGUCCGCCGCCAUCCCCUUCAGGUCCGGCUCCGCGGUCCGAUCCUCAGCCUUCGCUGCGUCUGCCGCUCCCUUCUGGCGGACAUGGCAGGCGUGUGGAAAUCGGCGUGUCGCCGCAGGUGUCCACAGCUGCGUCUCCUCAUCCUGGCGCUCUUAGUCUUCUGCCUGCUCUCCAUGGCCCUUCUGGCGUACUAUGUCAGCAGCGGACCCAGAAUCAGGCAGGCCCCGCCCCCCCUGCCCGCGGUUGAGUGCCGGACGGCCACUUCCCCCGCAGGUCUCCCGCACACCCCGCAGCAGGAUCCUGCCGUCCGCCGCACUGGGCUCAGCUUCCCAGCUCAGCCGCGUACAGACCCUGUGGUGCUGCUUUUUGUAGACAGCGUCUACUCCCAGCUCGGCCAGGAGAUCGUGGCUAUUUUAGAGUCCGGCCGCUUCCGGCACCAUGUGGAGGCGGCUCCCGGGAAGGGCGCCAUGCCCGUGUUGGCAAGCCGGGACCGGGGCCGCUACACCCUCAUAAUCUUCGAGAACCUCUUCCAGUAUGUCGGCCUGGAUGCCUGGAACCGGGAACUGCUGGACAGGUACUGUGCUCAGUUCGGUGUUGGUGUUGUGGGCUUCCUCCGCACUGCAGGAAGCUUGCCGCCUGACCCCCAGCUCCGGGGCUUUCCUCUUGUCCUGCUUCCGGGCCGCGGCUUGAGGGACUGCUUCGUCUGCCCCACCGCCCCCCUGCUCCGCAUUACCCGGCCUGGCGCCCUGCAGUCAGGCCCUCUGCCUGGGGACGGCUGGGUCGUCUUCCACUCCAAUCACAGCACAUAUCAGCCGGUGCUGCUAGCUGAGUCCGGCCUGCCUGGCGCCCCCCCCCAGGCUACACCACAGGCCACGGUGCUUCAGGACUUGGGCCUUCAUGACGGCAUCCAGAGAGUUGUCUUCGGCAACGGCCUCUCCUUCUGGCUGCACAAGCUCAUCCUGGUGGACGCCAUCGCCUACCUGACCGGCGGCCGGCUCGAUAUGCCGCUGGAGCGCCACCUGCUGGUUGACGUGGACGAUAUAUUUGUUGGAAAGGAAGGAACCCGCAUGAAGGUGUCGGAUGUUGAGGCCCUGCUCAGCACCCAAAACAAGCUACGUAAUUUGGUCCCCAAUUUCACCUUCAAUCUGGGCUUCUCUGGAAAGUUCUACCAUACUGGAACGGAGGAGGAGGACCGGGGGGACGACAUGCUCCUGAUGCAUAGGCAGCAGUUCUGGUGGUUUCCCCACAUGUGGAGCCACAUGCAACCGCAUCUCUUCCACAACGUCAGCGUUCUGGCUGAGCAGAUGCUCCUCAACAAGCUUUUUGCGCAGGAGCACGGGAUCCCCAUAGACAUGGGAUACGCCGUGAGCCCACACCACUCCGGCGUCUAUCCUGUGCACGGACAGCUGUACGAGGCCUGGAGGGCCGUGUGGGGGAUCCGCGUCUCCAGCACGGAGGAGUACCCCCACCUGCGGCCUGCACACUAUCGCCGUGGCUUCGUGCACGCCGGCAUUAAGGUGCUGCCUAGACAGACGUGUGGCCUCUUCACUCACACCAUCUUCUACAGCGAGUACCCCGGGGGCCCCCAGGAGCUGGACCGCAGCAUCCGGGGCGGGGAGCUCUUUCAGACCCUCUUACUCAGCCCUGUGAGUAUUGGAGCGUGGUCCUGUUACUACUGCUCACGUUUACACCAGUCACUCUUCUAUGCUACCCAUGUUUCAACUCUGAUGCAUUUGCCUGGUCUGGCAGCUGUUUCUGCUCUAACAGAGCAUCACCUGCAGAAUACGCAGAGGCAUAGUCGUUCUGUAUGGGUCUCCCGGCCUCUCGGCCGUAGUCGUUCUGUAUGGGUCUCCCGGCCUCUCGGCCGUAGUCGUUCUGUAUGGGUCUCCCGGCCUCUCGGCCGUAGUCGUUCUGCUGGAUUACCGUCUCUUGUCCAGAUCAUGAUAGUGGAUGGCUCCCUGUUCCGCUCAAACCCGGUUCUAGUGAUGGACGGUAUCCAGAAGUUCCUGGGGGUCUCACCGUACUACAGUUACACAGAGGUUCUGACAUUUGACAAGAAUAAAGGGUUCUGGUGCCAGAGAUUGGAUGGGGGCCGAACCAAGUGCCUGGGCAAGGGCAAAGGCAGGAAGUACCCGGCGAUGGCAUCAGAGACCCGUGUCUUCCUGUCGGAGUACUACCGUGAGCAUAACUUCGAGCUGCUGAGGCUGCUGGGCCGCAUGGGGCAGAUGGCACCUACCUGGUUGAGGGAGGAGCUUCAGAAGAGUGGUUGGCGAUGAGUGUUUGGAUUUUAGGCGGCAGUGCCGCCCGUGGCUGCCUGGUACUGGGAUCAGUGGUGAGGACUGGCUUUCCAUGGACUCAGACGGUGACCAAGGGCCAACAGACCUUGGUUAUUCUGCCUCUUCUAACUAGAUGCUGCUGGAUGAUCUCAGUAGGCUUCUGUCCCCACUUGCCUAGGAAGGCCAGCCAAUUGGAAGACGCAAGGCCAGGACCUUUUCACUGCUGAUGGAGAGGCGUGAGAAGUGCGUGGUGUCAUUGCACAUUCAGCAGAUCCAUGGAGGUAGUCAUCCCUGUUGUCAUGGAGUGGGACAUUCAGUCACCUAGUCUAGGCACCCUCUGUGACAGAGCAUCAAAUUACAGAAUUCCAUUUGAGGGGCGUUUCCUGUGUGUUAGCGUGUGCACAGUCACACAGGUUUGGAUUUGAGGACUGGGAAAAUUAUUCGAGCUGCGACGGCCCAAAGCUGUCAUCCACCUUACAGAACGUAUUAUCUGUGUUUUUUUUUUCUUCCUUUUCUAACUUAUAUUGCGACGGCAAUAUUGUCUAUAGAAAGGCUGGAGGGGUGUGGCUUUGUUGUUAUAAGGGUCAUGUGACCUGAGAGCUCUACAAGGGACAUAAAAUGUUUUGAAAACUUCUCUUCUAGAUGAGGCGGUGGUUUCUGUUUAUCUGAACUGUUUUUUGUACAAGAAUGCAGCAAAGGAUCGAGUUUGUGUCCAGUGGGUUUUCAACCUUUAAAUCAGCCUCAACUGACUUAUGCGAUUUGGGGAACCCAGAAUCACAGUAAAUGGUUUGGUUUCACUCAUUUCUGAAGCUGGAUGUACCGACAGAUUCUGUGUGGUGGUGGGUUUGUUCUUUGCUUGUUCUCACCAUAUUUGCCUGAUUUUUAAUGAUGGACAAAAUUAUGUCUCAUGAACCAUUUGUGGUGUUUUUAACCCCACUAGAUGGCGCUGUUGGUUUGCUUUGGGGCAUCUUUGUGCCAUUUUUUGAACAGAGAGCACCAUCUAGUGGGGACAAAAAUACAGCAAAUGGUUCAUGAGGUGUCAUUUUGUCAACCACUAGGUAAUACUGCCCUAACCACAGGAAACUGACUGAGAUAACUUAUGGAUGAUAAUGGUUUUUGGAGAACAAGGGGAAAUUGCCUGUUCUCUGGCAUUGCGUAACAGAAGAGCCUAGAACCUAACAUAACAAAUAGGCAGUGUUUAGUGGUAUAGGUGCAAUGAUUGAAUGUAACUAUCAAUUUAACAAUCCCUGUCAGAAGUCUGUUGUAGUCUGGAAAUACUGAACCAAUAAAUCUGUAUGUGCACCUGUGAAA